AUGUACCACCUCUCUGACAGCUUGGCUAAUACAGUGUCAGAAUUUGGAUUGACGUGCGAGUACAUACGUGAGCGCAAGAAACGCGGAAAGGCAUCGCGGAAGGAUCUUGCCCAACAACAGGCUGCGACCGCCGCAGGAGGCACUGGUGCGCCGAAGUCUGAGGAUUCCAGCACCCCGCAAUCGUCGGAGAAAGCUACCGAGUCUGUUCACGGCAAUAGUCCUAAGCUUCCUGAAGGUCAGCGCUCUCUGCCUGAGCUACCUGGUCGAUCGGCCAGUAUUGCGACAACACGACCCGAGAUGGAUACCGCGUCGAUGUAUCAGAACAGGACGAUGAGCAUGGGUGCAAUCGACACUAUGCCAGAAUCUGAUAUGCACCAUCAAAUGACCGAGAGCAUGCAAUCUAUGCAUCCUAUGCAGCCGCCCCGAUUACAGACUCAAGGGCUGUCUAUGCACAACCCCAUGCCCGAGUACACGUCAAUGGAGGAGUACCACCGGAGCCUUACCUAUCAGUCACCACUCCAGAUGAUGCAACCUGGAAUGCAGCCCGUUGUACCUUCGCACGGCCAUGGGAUGGAGUACUCUGACAGCCCCUACAGUAUGAUGAGCCCACAAAGCGCACAUACACAAGCACCCACGAAUACCUUCAGGAUGCCCGAAGAGACAUCCAACAUGGGUUACAUGCCUCAAUCACCAGUUGAUGGAUCGCCUGGUUGGAUGCUGCCUUCACCUUCUACAACGAUGUACUCUGGCGCACAACAUCAGAAUCCCUCUCAGCAGUUGAGAUACCCUGUCUUGCAGCCGUUAGUACCACAUCUCGCAAAUUUCAUGCCGAUUUCACUAGCUUGCGACUUACUAGAGCUCUAUUUCCAGAGUUCAUCAACUGCGUUUAUGCAACCAGUCUCCCCUUACGUACUAGGCUACGUCUUCCGAAAGCGCUCUUUCCUCCGCACCAACAACCCUCGCGUGUGCAGCCCAGCACUGUUGGCAAGUAUGCUCUGGAUUGGCUGCUUGACAAGCGAAUCUCCAUAUCUUUCCUCGUCGCCAUCUGCGCGGAGCCAAUUAUCGGAGAAACUUAUCAACCUGACGAUCAGUCUCUUGAAGCCUCUUGUGCAUCAACAUCCAGGUGGUUCCGAUACCAGUCCGACGGCUUUCAACGGCAACGGGCUGAUCAAUGGUGUCACCAUGGGUGGUUUUGGUAUGCCCACACAAGAUUCCGACAUUGGUUUGCGUAAGUUACCAACCAUGUUCAGUUUUGCGGAGUUCCCUUCACUAACACGAUUAUCAACAGCGGGAGCACCAGGAGGCCUUGACGACGUAGCAACCUACAUGCACUUGGCCAUAGUGAUCUCGGCCAGCGAGUACAAGGCUGCAUCACUCCGCUGGUGGAACGCCGCCUGGUCACUGGCUAGGGAGCUUAAACUUGGCAAGGAAGUGCCUGUAACACCGCCUCCCGAGCCGAACGACGAAGAUGCACCAGGAGACCUCGAUGCGGAACACAUGGGCGCAGGGUACCCGACCAGUCACCACACAUCCAUGGACUUCACAGAAGAGCAAAGAGAAGAGCGCAGACGUAUAUGGUGGCUGCUGUUCACUGUUGAUCGGUAA